AUGAGGUUCUUAGCGAGCCUGUUGAUUUGCAGCUGGGCUGUGUUGGUUACACCGGCUCCGGAAUAUCUGCGUAGUUACCAAAGAUCAUAUACUUCAUCUACUUCAAAUGGUCCACCAAAGUACAAAACUAUGGUUUCUCAAAUGCAAGGAGCGUUAAAGAAAUCUUUAGCCCAGCAGUGUGGUUCUCGAACUAGUUGUCGCACUUAUUACUCAAGUUCUCAUGAAGGAAGCAGCAGUAAUACAAAUACAGAUAGUACAACCAAUUAUAAUGAUCAAUUGAUGGCGAGUUUAAGACAAAAGGUAGAGUCACAGAGUAGCUAUUCCUCAUCUACUCCAGAUGUUCCAACAGAGUACAUAAAUAUGGAUCCUCAAGUGCAAGAAGCAAUAAAGAAGUCUUUAGCGCAGCAGAGCGGUUAUAGAACUAGUUAUAGCCGCACUUAUUCCUCAAGUUCUCACGAAGAAAGCAGCAGUAAUACAAAUACAGAUAGUAGUCCACAGGGUAAUACCGCUACUAGUUCAUCUAGAUAUACUACAAGCCAAAGUAGCCCAGGUUAUACAAGGACGACGUAUUCAUACGUCAAACCACAAACAUAUGUUACUGGGACUGAUCAUCAAGUUAAUACCCACAAUUUGGAACACGAUAGAGAGCAAGAUAAAAAUAGCGACGAACAACGUUUAGUACCAGGUGGGUAUUCUCGGACAACAAGUUUUUCUCGUACUGGAUCUUCAAGCCAUAGUUCAAGUCAAAACAGACCAGGAUACGUAAGGAGAACUUACACUUCAUCUAGUUCUUUUGGAGAACCUAAUUCACAAUUUAUCAAUAGCGAAAAUAAAAGGACUGAGAGCACUCCUCAUGUGCAUGAUGACAAAUGUGAACAUGAUGUAGAACAAGAAAAUAAUGCGCAGGACACCGACAACUUAAACCAACAUGGAACAUCAGGAUAUCGUCGCACAACCUAUUCUAGUUCUAGUUCAACAAGCUAUAAUUCAAGCAGAAAUAGACCACAAUAUACAGUAACAAGUUAUCAUUCUACAUCGAAUUUAAAUUCAAAUCGCGAUUCACAAGUAGGCGUUACUGAAAAUCAGGAAAACAAUGAAAAUCAUGAGCAUCGCCUUGAAGAUAACAGUGAUGAAGAUGAUGAUGGACAACGUAUUGUAAAUGCAGGACAAUAUUCAAAAACUACCAAUUCCUCGAGAACAGUAAGCCAUUCUAGUUCUAGUUCAACAAACUAUAAUUCAAGCAGGAAUAGACCACAAUAUACAGUAACAAGUUAUUAUUCUACAUCAAAUUUAAAUUCAAAUCGCGAUUCACAAGUAGGCCUUACUGAAAAUCAGGAAAACAAUGAAAAUCAUGAGGAUCGCCUUGAAGAUAACAAUGAUGAAGAUGAUGAUGCACAACGUAUUGUGAAUGCAGGACAAUAUUCAAAAACUGCCAAUUCCUCGCAAACAGUAAGCCAUUCUAGUUCUAGUUCAACAAGCUAUAAUUCAAGCAGGAAUAGACCACAAUAUACAGUAACAAGUUAUCAUUCUACGUCGAAUUUAAAUUCAAAUCGCGAUUCACAAGUAGGCCUUACUGAAAAUCAGGAAAACAAUGAAAAUCAUGAACAUCGCCUUGAAGAUAACAAUGAUGAAGAUGAUGAUGCACAACGUGUUGUGAAUGCAGGACAAUAUUCAAAAACUGCCAAGUCCUCACAAACAGUAAGCCAUUCUAGUUCUAGUUCAUCAGGUUUUAGUUCAACGCACAGUAGACCAGGAUAUACAAGAACAACUUAUCACUCUACUAGCUCAUAUGGAACACCGCACUCAAGUGUUAUAAAUAAAAGUGGCAAUAAAGACAAUGAUGGUAAUCUUCACAUUCAUAGUGAAAACUGUGAACAUGACAUAGAAAAAAAUAAUGAUGAUACUAAUAAUAAUCCAAAUUCUCAAAACGCGAACCAACAAGGAACAUCUGGUUAUAGUCGCACAGUGAGUUAUUCUGGUUCUAGUUCAGCCAGCCACAAUACAAACCGUAACAUAGAACAAUAUUCUGGGACAAGAUACAACUCUGUAACUGAUUCAAGCACAAGUUCCUAUUCCGAUGUGGGUAGUGCUUUAAAUAAACAAGAAAAUAAUAGCGCUGAUCAUAUUCAUAGCGAUAAAUGUGAACAUGAUAUAGAAAAAAACAGUGUUGAUGAUGACGAGCAAAGCAUUGUAAACAAAGGGCAACGUACGCAGACUUCAGGUUUCACUCGUACGACAAGUUACUCUGAUUCUGACUUAUCAAGCACUGGUUCAAAUCAUUAUAGACCCGGAUAUACAAGAACCACUUAUCAUUCGUCUAGUUCAUAUGGAACGCAGAAUUCCAAUAAUGGCGAUGGCCAAGAUAAUGCAGGUAAACUUCAUGUUCAUAGUGAAAACUGUGAACAUGACAAGGAAAACAGUAGUGAUUUAAAUGGAAGUGAGAAUCAUGCGCAAAAUGUUGGAAGGCAUAGAAUUACGAGUUACUCUCAUACGGUCAGUUCGAAUUCUAGGACAACUGGUUUUAACUCGAGCCAAAAUCGCCAAGGAGCAAUGAAGAUAGUGAUGAAGGUAAUAAACAGCAGCACACAAAACGCAGGACAGCAUUCACAAUCAGCAGGGCAUGCUCAAACAAUAAGCUAUUAUCGUGCUGGAUCUUUUAUUCGAAAUUCAAGUCAAUCCGAACUAGGAUAUUCAGAAAGUACUAGUUCAAUAGAUACCAAUAACAGUCAGCAAAACAAUAGUGUACAUGGUGGCAGUUUUGAACAUGGUAAGAAUACUGUAGAACAGACAACUGAAAAUUUACAACAAAAUUCACAUACUAGAGGCAAUUAUGGAACAACAAGUCAAUCUCAUUCUACUUCAUCACGCUAUACUUCAAACCAAAUAGACCGGGACAUUGGACAACAAUCAAUAUCAACAGGGCAUUCUCACACCGGUUUAACAAGAUACACUUCAAGUCAUACUAGUUCAGAACAUAGGACCGCAAGUAAUUAUGCACGAAAUACAACUGAGAAAAAUAUCAAUAAAGAAGGAAGUGAUGAGAAUUCUAGCGAAGAAGACGAAUAUGACAGUGCCGGUAAUAGUAAUGAUAAAAGAAAUAAGCCUGGUGGUAAGGGCUGGAAAAAAUAUUAUUGGGAGAAAGAUUUUAUUCCACCAGGACAUCGUAAUAAACCGCAUCCUCGCGCGGCCAUGCUUACGGGCAUAGAAAUAGAGGCCAAACUACAUCUUAUUCUAGAUAUAAUUCCAAUUAUGUCGUCCAGGCUACGUACCAUCACGUUAUUCCACAUCUGGAUCAAAUACAAUGAUGGCGGUAGAACCACGUACACCUACUCCUCAGGUGGAGUAAGGUAUAGUACUAGUAAUAGAAAUUCAAGUACAACGGCAACUGACGCUUCACAGAAUGUUUAUGAAGACAAAGACACACAAUUUGCACCAGAAGUUGAUGGUACAGGGUUUGAACACGGUAGUUAUGACACUAAUACUGGAACCAGUGCAAUUGAUUCUGAUUCUAGACACAGUUCUAAUAGAAGUACCUCUGAAUACACACAGCAAAACUCUCAUAGCAAUAAUAAUGUAUCUACACAUUCAGGAUCUACAGGCUACGUGCCAUCACGUUAUUCCACGUCUGGAUCAGAUACAAUGAUGGCGGUAGAACUACGUACACGUACUCCUCAGAAUGUUUAUGAAGGCGAAGACACACAAUUUGCACAAGAACUUGAUGGUACAGGGUUUGAACACGGCAGUUAUGACACUAAUACUGGAACUAGUGCAAUUGAUUCUGAUUCUAGACACAGUUCAAAUAGAAGUACCUUUGUAUCUACACAUUCAGGAUCUACAAGUGCGAAUAGUGAGGAGAAAAAACAUCGUUCAAAUGUUUCUAUGCACAGUGGGUCAAAAACAACCAAUUCGUCAUACACACUUGUAAGCCAGUAUUCACAGAGCAGUCAUGAAAGUAAUAGUGCAAAACACAAAGUAAUAACAGACUCAUCAUCAGACGAAGAUAGUUAUGAAAUACUUGACCAACGCACAGAAAAGUAUGAAGCAACAACUAACAGCGGCGAUACAUUUUUUGAAAAUCAAAACAUAGUUUCAAAUAAUUAUGCUUCUACAUCAAAAAUCGUAGAAGAUACAUCAGAGGAAAGUAAGCAAUUUGUCAUAAGUCAUUUUACAAAUAAAUCUGCCGAACAUAAGUCUGAUAAUUAUGCAUCUGCAAACAAUCAGCAGUUCAAUUUGCAGCAAAACAAAGAAAAUAUUAAUAUUAAUAAAAGUGCAACAAACUUGAUCGAAAGUACAACUUUCACCAAAUAUAAUUUUAGUAGUAGUGAAGAAAGGAAUGAACAAUUACAAUCAGGCUCAUUACAAAUUUCGCAACAAGUUUUGGAUUCUUUACUUGGUUCUUCUCAAAAUCCAGAUCAACAACCAGAUUCUACAACUAAUAUAAAUUCAGGCACAAAUAAUUAUGUCACAUCUAAACCAGUUCGUUACCAGUAUCGACCUACUAACUUCAAAGGUGAUGCUCUUUCAAGCCAUGAUUUCCUCGAAAAUGAAAAACAUAAAUCAAAUUCUGAAAUAAAGAAUGCAUCUGUAGAUAGAAAUCAUCAUCAGCAACAAUCUGGUAGUCAUGGACGUAAUUCGAGUGAUAUACGAUCAACAUCUUCCAUAAGUUAUUCAUCUCAAAAUAUAAGUGGUCAAUAUCAUCAUUUUACACAAACUUCACCUGGUGUUAUAAUAACUCCUAAACCAAUUCCAUUGCGCUAUCAGUAUCAAACUUCUACAACUGAAGGCUACUCAAACGAAGAUGAUGACCUGCAAAAACAGAUGUCGGGGUAUAUAUUUGAAGAUAAAUCUCAUACAAGAGAUUCUCAAAGGACUCAUUCUAGUUCAUCCGUUAGUUCUAGUGAACAAAAUAUAAGACAACACACAUCAGAAUAUCAAUAUAAUCGCGAGCAACAAAAUACUCAGACUAAAAAUUUGGAACAAAAUGUUUAUUUCAAAACAACGACUCCUACAACUUUAGAAACUUCUGAGCCAUUUGCAAAACCAAGUUCUUUAGUGAACGAGCACAGGGUUGAAUCUGGAAGUUAUGAGGAUUCUGUUUCACAAGUCGAUACAGAUGAAUUAUAUGGUCAGUCAACAUAUAAAAAUUCUAUAUCAACUUCAUCUACGACGAGUCAUCCAUUUGAUAAUGAUCAAGGUGUAUCACAAGGUAGCUCAGCAACGUCACAUCAAGAAAGUAAUGGUGCGUUUUCAUCAACCUAUCAGUCGUUCAACGGUACAAAUAUCAAUAGAGAAAAUUAUAAUACAAUGCACCAAAAUCAAACAGUAAAUACUUUGCACAAAUCUACAAAUUCAUCCAGAAGUUACACGCAAAGUAGUGAAGUAGAUUCAAUUAAUUCCAAUGCAGUUGAUGAAGUAAAAAAGGCAAAUCAAAUGUCCCACGUUGUAAACACGAAUGCCAAUAAAUUUAAUGAAAGUCAAAGUGCAAACAAAACAGUUACUACAACAUUUACUACGUAUGUAAUUAGUAGUGAUGAAGAAAGAAGAAAGCAUGACAUGGAAUCAUCUAAAAUUUAUUUCUUUGAAGACAACGAUAUCAAACAUUAUUAUUCUACUACACCAAAAUACCAGCAUUAUGGACAUGCAUCUAACAAUUAUGAUAAACAAACACAUCAUUCAUAUUCUGGCACUACAAAUCAAGGAAGCUCUACACCUAAACCAAUGAGAUAUCAACAACAAUCAGUGAGUUCAGAAAAUCAUUCUACUGAAGAUGAGCAAAAGCACUUACAAGGACAAACAAUUUCAACAAAUUCUCAAUAUCAAACUAAGGAAAACUUGAAGAUUACGGAUCAUACAACAAAUUCUCAUGGCACAAAUGCUAAUGUAAUACACGAAUCCGAUGAAAAUCACUCAAUUAUAGAUGCUUCGAAUGAUUUAAAUGAAGUAAACCAAGUCAAAAACGUUCAUAAUAUUACUUUUAAUCACAGUCAAGCAACUAAUAAAACAGUUACAACAAGCUACACUACACAUACAUUCAGUAGUAGUGAGAAAAGAAAACAAUACGAGUCUCAAUCUAGAUCAACAAUAUAUAAUUCGAACGUUAAUUCUGACAAUAACAGAAAUACUGGAUCUCAACAGCAAACUACAAUUCAGCAUAUAAAUGAUCCUUAUACCAAACCUAAGCCAAUUCGUUACCAGCAACAGCCUCAGACUUUGGAAGGUGACUCUUCUGAAGAAGACGACCAACUAGUACAAAUGCCAGAAAGUGUUUUAGAAAGUGAAGAAAAUAAACAUAUUUCAGGAACAACAUAUGUCAAAACCAAUAAUCAGGAUUCAAAUAAAGUAAACCAAAUUGGAAACGUUCAUAAUACUGUUUUUAAUCACAGCCAAGCAACUAAUAAAACAGUUACUACUGGCUAUACUACACAUACAUUCAGUAGUAGUGAAGAAAGAAGAAGAUACGAGUCUCAAUCAGGAUCAAAAAUUUAUAAUUCGAACGUUAAUACUGACAAUAACACAAAUACCGAAUCUCAACAGCAAACAACAAUUCAGGAUACAAAUAAUCCUCAUACCAAACCUAAGCCAAUCCGUUACCAGCAACAGCCUCAGACUUUGGAAGGUGACUCUUCUGAAGAAGACGAUCAACAAGUACAAAUGCCAGAAAGUGUUUUCGAAAGUGGGUCACAAAUGAAAACUACCGUUGUAAAUAAUACCGGAUCAUUCCAUGGUGAAGAAAAGAAAUAUGUAUCAGGAGCAACAUAUGACAAAACCAAUAAUCAAAACACAAAUCAACAAAUAUCUGGAUCUAUCACAAAAGCUAACAUGAAACAAGAAGAGAUUCAUAACCAAGAUAGCAGCACUGAAGACAUAUCAAAUCAAUCUCAUAAACAUCACUCAACUUUUGUUACAUCAAAGGAUUCAAAUAAAGUGAACCAAAUCGGAAGCGUUCAUAAUACUAUUUUUAAUCACAGUCAAGCAACUAAUAAAACAGUUACUACUGGCUAUACUACGCAUACAUUUAGUAGUAGCGAAGAAAGAAAAAGAUACGAGUCUCAAUCAGGAUCAACAAUUUAUAAUUCGAACGUUAAUUCUGAUAACAACAGAAAUACUGGAUCUCAACAGCAAGCUACAAUUGAGCAUAUAAAUGAUCCUUAUACCAAACCUAAACCAAUUCGUUACCAGCAACAGCCUCAGACUUUGGAAGGUGACUCUUCUGAAGAUGACGACCAACAAGUACAAAUGCCAGAAAGUGUUCACGAAAGUGCGUCACAAAUUAUAACUACUAUUGUAAAUAAUACCGGAUCAUCCCAUAGUGAAGAAAAUAAACAUAUUUCAGGAACAACAUAUGACAAAACUAUUAAUCAAAACACAAAUCAACAAAUAUCUGGAUCCAGCACAAAAGCUAACAUAAACUACGAAGAGAAUCAUAACCAAGAUAGCAGCACUGAAGGCAUAUCAAAUCAAUCACAUAAACAUAACUCAACUAUAGUUACAUCAAAGGAUUCAAAUAAAGUAAACCAAAUCGGAAACGUUCAUAACACUAUUUUUAAUCACAGCCAAGCAACUAAUGAAACAGUUACUACUGGCUAUACUACACAUACAUUCAGUAGUAGUGAAGAAAUAAAAAGAUACGAGUCUCAAUCAGGAUCAACAAUUUAUAAUUCCAACGUUAAUUCUGACAAUAACAGAAAUACUGAAUCUCAACAGCAAACUACAAUUCAGCAUAUGACUUAUCCUAAUUCCAAACCUAUGCCAAUUCGUUACCAGAAACAACCUCAAACUUUUGAAGGUGACUCUUCUGAAGAUGACGACCAACAAGUACAAAUGCCAGAAAAUGUAAUUGAAAGUGAUUCACAAAUAAAAACUACUGAAAAUCACUCUGGAUCAUCUUUCGUCCAGGUAAAUAACCAAAAUACAAAUCAACAUUCAACAGGAUCAGAAACAAUUUACCAGCAAAAACAAAAAGAACAUAGUCAACUUAAAAAUCAUACAAGUUACAUUACUGGUUAUACUGUACAAACAACAAAACAUGAUUCUGAAGAAGAUGAAUCUUCAGAAGAAAAUACUCAGCAACAAGUACAGUACGUAGAUUUUGAUCAAUUAGCAAAUAAUGUUAAUAAUAAAAUUACAUCAACAACUGACCGUACAAACGUGCACAGACAUGAAGAAACUACUAAAACUGCUGCACAAAAUAAUAUUGUAAAUGAAUUUGAAUCUGGUCAAACAUCUACAAGUAGUACUGGUCAAUAUUCUUCAAUUCUAAUAAACCAAAAUACAAACGAGAAUAUAGAUAUCUUGAAUCAACACACUCAGUCUUCGGAAGAUGACAAUCAACAACAAAUUCAAUACAUAGAUUUUGAUGAUUUGGCAAAUUAUGUAAAUAACGAAAUUAAAUCUACAACUGAUCAUACAUACAUUAAUAGUCUGGACGAAACUACAAAAACUUCUACGCAAACAAGUAGUACUGGACAAUCUUCUUCUAUUUUAAUAAAUCAAAAUGCAAAUGAUAAUAUUGUUGCUAAUUCCAAUAAUGCACAUUCUCAAAGAAUUAAUCGAACUAGUACUGCAAGUUCUGUAAAUUACAUUAGUAGCAGUAAAGAAGAAACAAGACAUAAAUUUGAAUCUUCUGAAUUCCUAUCACAAAGCUCAAGUGAAGAACGUCGAAAACAUGUUCAAGGUGGAUAUCAUCAUUCUACGCAAAAUUACCAUACAUCUACUAAAAAAGAUGUAAGACCUAAACCAGUUCACUAUCAAAACCGACCAACUACUUUUGAAACUUUCUCCACGGAUGAUCACAACCCACAAAUGCAGGUGUCGGAAAGUUCAGAAAAACAAACUGCGCAAGUCAAUAUAAUCAAUCAUCACAGUACAAAUGAGAAUUUGGUACAUCAAAUAAAUCAACAAUCGUCUGAAAAUAUCGAACACCAAUAUAUUCACAAUUCCAAUGAAAAUUCAAAUCAAUAUCAAUUAAAACCAUUCACUACACCCAAAACUCCACAAACUUCAGACUUCAGCACCAGUGAAGAAAAUGUGCAGCAAGUUGUUCAAAAUGUAGAUUUUGAUUCUCAAAGUGCAUAUCACAAGGAAACUGGUGCAAAUACUUUGGUCGACAAUCAACAUAACCAACAAUAUAUAACAGAAGAUAUUGCAGAUAAUAUACCUGAUAUUGUAGAAGUAAAUACAGAUGAUUUAGAAUAUAUUAGUGAGGAAAAAGAAGAUCAGCAACAACACAUUGAGAAUAGUUUUGAUAGUUUGAAACAAAAUAUUACAACAGAUAAAACAGUAUCGCAUAGCGAGGACGAUGAUGAACAACAACACAUUGUAAAUGAAUUUGAUAUUUUGAAUCAAGAUAAAAUUACAGAUAAGCAUGAAACAGAGUCACAUGUUAUAAAUAAUAAUAAUUUAAACAUAGGUCAUCAAAUAGUCGAAACACAUUCUACUAAUUCUGUUUCUAAUUCUCAUAAUAUUAAUAUUGAUUCUACCAAUGACUUACAUGAUGUAAAUAAUUUACAUUCCAACAAGUCUAGAGAAAAUCAAUUAAUAAGUGGAGCAGUUGAAACAUCAGCACAUUCUGUGUAUAGUACAAUAACAACUGGUUCAAAUACAUAUUCUGGCUCUAAUACAAAUAUUGACAAACAAUUUAUAGAAAAUCAGCAUAAUACAAGUGACAAUAGUGCUAAUAACAAGUAUCACAGCAAUAGUCAAAAUUUUGCAUCUGGAAGUAUGCAUCAUUCUAGUUCAACAAUAAAUAUUGACGAUAACCAGCAUGGCGAUAAUACUGUCGGAAAUACCCAUGGCACAACGCAUAAUUCUAAUAUUGUGCGACAAUUCAGUACAAAUUAUAGUCAAGUACAAGAAAGCAGUUCAAGCAGCGUUGAACAUACAGUACAUCAAACAAGCUCUAAUUUCCAUAAUAUUCAUUCCGACAAUAAAUUCCAGACAAAUAACCAACACGUGCAGGAAAACUACAAUGAUAAUAUUUCAAAGAAAAACAAUGAUCGAACGGUUACUGGAAGUAGCAAUCAAGGUACCACAUCUACUUUUGUUACAACGCACCACAAAGGUUCAUCUGUUGAUUCUAGCAAUAAUAAAUUUGUUGUAAGCUCCUCCGAAAAUGAGUAUCAAGAAUCAGAACAUAUUUCAGAGAACAUGCAAACCACUUCUGAAAGUCCAAACACGAAUGCAGUCAAUCAAGGACAGAGCACAAUAUCCAGUUCUAAUACUAAAGGUACUACAUCAACAUUUGUUACAACGCAUCAUUCCAGUUCUUCUGUAGAUUCUGGAAAUAAUCAAUAUGUUAGCAGCUCCUCUGGAAAACAGUAUCUGCAACCAGCACAUAUUUCGGGCAACUUGCAAACUUCUGAAAAUCCAAAUACAAAUACAGACGAUCAAAGGCAUUACAGCACUAUAUCCGGUUCCAAUACUAAAGGUACCACGUCAACAUUUGUUACAACGCAUCAUUCCAGUUCAUCUGUAAGUUCCGGUAAUAAUCAAUAUGAUGGCAGCUCAUCAGGAAGUCACUACCAGCAACCAUCACAUACUUCAGCCAAUUUAAAAACCACUUCUGAAAACCCAAAUGUGAAUACAGUCGGUCAAGUGCAUAAUACCAUUUCUGGAUCACACAUUGUGCAUCAAACCAUUACAAAGUUUGAAGAAGGACAAGAAAGAGGUUCACAUAGUGCAGAGUAUAAGGAGCACCGUAUAAAUUCAAACUCUUUUGCAAAUACUGAUGAUGAUUUCGAAACAGAUAAUCAGCAUAUAUUAGUAGAUCAGUCUACCGAUAGAAAUGUUGAAAAUGAUAAUCAUGGUCAGCCAGGGCAUGAAAUUAAUAUUCACAAUACUGCAUCAAGUUCGACCUUAGUAACCGGUAAUAACCGCCAUAAAAAUAAUAAUUACCAGCAUCCAACUCCUCUUGAUCCUCAUGCUGGAUCACACAUGAAUAUCGAUAACAAAGAGCACGUUAUUUCUAGUUCUUCUACCGUGCACGAAACUAGUAUAAAUUCUACUAAUGUUCAUGACAUAAAUCAUGACGUAAACCAACGACCAUUGCAUCCGUCUGAAACCACGUAUGCUACUGUAGAACAUGGUUCAAAUAUUAAUACCGAUAGUACUACAUAUGAUGCAAGUUCUGGUACAUAUGUGUAUGAUAAUAACCAGCAUAGAUAUCCCAUCUAUCCACAAACUUACAACAGGCCCGACACCAAUAUAGUGUCUGCUAACACAGGUCACAAUAAUCAACAACAAGUUGAUAAUCAACAACAGCAAGUCGAUUACAAUAAUCAACAUCCAGCACAGACUGUUGGAGAAAUUCCUUCGAGUCCUCAAUAUCCAGGAAUUACUACUGGAAAUACUAUGCAUAGCUCAAGCUCUAGCGCUGGCACUACAGGUUACAAUUAUCAACAUCAAGUUUACAAUCAUCAACAGGUACACAACCAUCAACAACCAGCACAGACUGUUGGUAGAACUCCUACAAAUCCUCAACAUUCAGGUAUCACUACUGGAAAUGCUAUGCACGGCACAAGUUCCAGCGCUGCUAAUACAGGUUACAAUUAUCAACAUCAAGUUUAUAAUCAUCAACAAGUUCCCAGCCAUCUACAACCAGCACAGACUGUUGUUGGUGGAACUCCUACAAAUUCUCAACAUUCAGGUAUCACUACUGGAAAUGCUAUGCACGGCACAAGUUCCAGCGCUGCUAAUACAGGUUACAAUUAUCAACAAAUCUAUAAUCACCAACAAGUUAACAAUAAUCAAUUACCAACAUCUACGACCCAGCCUAUUGGAGGAACUCCUACUAUUCCUCAAUAUCCAGGUAUCACUACUGGAAAUACUAUGCAUAGUACAAGUUCCACAGGACAUCAAUACGGCGGAUAUCACAACGUAUAUCCCAAUGCAGGUCAACCUAAUUAUCAUCAAGUAUCUGGUAUAAAUUCAGGUUCGGCUACAUACCAUACCAGUUCUAGUCAUGGAACAACUCAAAUUACUGGUUAUAGUAAUCAACAUCAAACUCACAAUCAUCAACAAGCAGGAUAUCCCAUAAGUCAACAUGCUACUUCUAAUUAUGGUCAAGUUAACUCCGGUACUGUACCCAUGCAGCAUACAAGAGAGUACUACAUGAGACAAAAUCCGCAAACAACUAAUUAUCAUGCUGGCCAAAUGCAUCACACACGCGAAUAUCACAUGGGACCGACCCAUCAUACACGGGAAUAUCAUAUGGGACCUCAGCAUACUCGAGAAUAUCACAUGCGACCCCAACAUACUCGUGAAUAUCAUAUGGGAUCAUCGUACGACGGAAGAGAUCGGCAUCGUACGGAUCAGAUGCACCAUUCUAGAGAAUAUCAUUCGAGACCCUAUUAUCGCGGUAGAGAUUAUCGCAGGCGUGGUGGCCGGUAUCCUAAUCGUGGACACACUACACAUAUUACAAAAAUAUAUCAUCAUUACAUAGUACCAGGAACAAAUCGCCAUGAGGAUGGAUCUGAAUGCACACAUGAUGAACAUCAUAAGCACACACACAAUGCACAACACGGAUCUCAUACCGUUACAAGUUCAGGAACAAACCAAUACGAGUACCACCAUCAUUUGAAGCCAGGAACAAAUUUACAUGAAGAUGGUACAGAAUGCAAUCACGAUGAAAGUACAAAAUAUGAUGAUACUGAAGAUCGACAAUAUGCAGAAACAAAUUAUCAUCAUGUAAAACCUGGCACAAAUGUUCAUGCAGAUGGUACUGAGUGCAACCAUAGUGAAGAUGAGAAACAUAAACUGAAUGAAGAUGAUUAUGCGGAAAAUGAAGAAAGUACAAUAUAUGAUGUUGAUGUAGAAACCACAACAGAACUACCAGACUACACAAAAUUAGAAACACUAGGACAUGUUCUGGAAACAACAAGCGAAAGACUCAACAGAAAUCAACAACAACAGCAACAAAUAACAGAUGGAAUAAUUGAUUCUCGUAAUGAUCAGCUCAUAGAAUUUAUCAAUAGAAAACGCAAUGAAACCAGAACAACUUCAACAACGUUACAAGAGUCCAGGAGUUUCAGUUCACAACAUACAGAACGCAGAAGUGAGUCAUUCAAUGCGGCGUACACCUCAGCCUCAUCGCAACAAAACUCAAGAGAGUAUAGCAAUGAGAGGAUGAUUGCUUCAAAUUCUUCAACAACACAUCAUACAUCAUCUCAAGAAAGAUUAAGAAGCAGAUAUACUGACAAUGACGCAUAUAGAAGAGGUGAUCAGACGGUAAGAGAUGAUGAUGAGGACGAUCAAGGCCAAGUUACUCAACAGUUAGUCGAUCCUAAUUUUGAUGUAGGACAAACACAACAGCAAUCUAGCGCAAACAGAGAACAAAUUUACACAUCAAACUCAUAUGGAAGUAGAACAUCAAAUUUAAAUGUUAUGCAUGGCAGUCAACAAAUAGAGCAAUUCCAAACAGAAAAUCUCGAGGAUUUGGGGCAACAACAAGUUGUUCAACCAGUUUUCGCACAAACCAGUAUUCAUAAUACUCAAUCAGGCGGAAGAAAUGAUAAUGAGGACGAUCAAGGCCAAGUUACUCAACAGUUAGUCGAUCCUAAUUUUGAUGUAGGACGAACACAACAGCAAUCUAGCGUAAACAGAGAACAAAUUUACACAUCAAACUCAUAUGGAAGUAGAACAUCAAAUUCAAAUGUUAUGCAUGGCAAUCAACAAAUAGAGCAAUUCCAAACUGAAAAUCUUGAAGAUUUGGGGCAACAGCAAGUUGUUGAACCAGUUUUUGCACAAACCAGUAUUCAUAAUACUCAAGUAAAUGAAAAUACACAGAGGGUAGAAUCCGUUCGACACGACAUACAAGUUACGAAUCAUCAUGCGACUGUUCACGAGGACAAUGUUCCUGCCCAGGUCAGAGCAGAUCCUUAUGUGCCUGUUUAUGUAGAAGAGGUUAUCACAACAACUACUGCUAAACCUGCAUGGUGGAAACGAAUAGGAAAUAAAGUAACAAGUUACUUCAAAAAAUCUUAG